AUGUCACGUCUGCUGUGCGCUUUUUUCGAGGGGGUGUGGGUGGAUAGGCGGGAGUUUGCACAGCCUCCUUCUAGCGGCUUCAGGGUGACCCCCGGGUUAGGGGAAGGAGUCAGUCGGCCCACGAAGCGUGCGGCACACGGGUGGGCAUCAGCCAACGCAGCCCAGCCGUUGAGUUGCUGCAGGUGCGCCGUGUCACACAGAGGCCCAGAAGAGCGGUUGACGUCAGGCGCGGCGCGCGGCCAGCGGGCGUCCAAUCGUGGCGAGGCUGGCGGCCGACUUAUACGGGUUGGCCUGUUUGAUGGCCGCGUGCGCCAACAACGAGCGGGCAGAAAGGACCAGCGGCGACCAGAGAGAGACUGGGGGCAGGCAAGCUUCGAGGCACGGCGAAGAGGCACAGUAAUGUGGACGAAACAGCGACAGCUCGGCAAGCCUGGGCCGAAACCGAGGCCGCUGACGGGCAAAGGAGGCGGCGGCAACGAGGCCAAAGUAGCUGGGGCUCGGACCGGGGAGGCUCGGCCAGGUCGAAAUGGAGGGCCUGUCGAGGGCAGGAGGCAGCGAGUAACCCGUAAAGCGCCGACGCGAGGGGAUCUUAUAAGUGGAGUCGACAAGGCCGUCGGUGCGCGAGGUGAUCAAGAUAAUAGGAGCCUAGGAGGCCAGCCAAUCAGUCCAAGGCAGCAUCCCGAGCUACCGGGAUUCGACUUGGGCAAAAUGGGACCAAACAACAGGAGCAGGGGUAAGAACACGGGCCAGGAGCAUGGCCGACCAAAUUUGCCUUUGUGUUUCUUCGGCCCCGGCCCUCUCAUCUCCGAAGGUCCCAGCCAGCCCAGCCCAAGGCACGGCAAGGUUGGCGCACGCGACAGCGCCGCGGCAGGCACGUCCUGCAAGACCAGCUCGGCGUGGGGCGGCCCUGCCCCCUCUGGGCUGCUACUUCCUUGGAUGGUGGGGACGAGGAGAGGGGAAGUGGUGCAUUUGGACAAGGGGGCGUCCAGGGGUGUUGAAGAUGCAACCCCUACCGAGCCAGCCCUACGAGCGAAACGCCGCGCGCUAGAGGUGCCAAGCGCAGGGGUCUCCUCGGCCACUGGCCACGAGCCCCAGCCGCCGCCGCACGCAACGAAACAAGAGGCGGAAGGUGACGGCGACGGACAUGAACAGAUUGGCUGGCGGUCGAGAGCCGGUUCAGCUGAGGUGAGCUUUCGCGCGGCGCCUACAUCAAUCAAGACGUCAGAGCCGCUGACCAAGCCCAAGGUGCCCGCCCUGGGAGUGACGGUGGAGCUUCGAAGCCCCCGCCAAAGACGAGGUUGGCGGAGCUGCUGCCUUGGGACUGGAAGCGAUGAGCAUUGCUUACAGUACAUGGUCCCUUUAGCCGAGCCCACAGUGCUACUCGCAGGCAACCUUCUCGAUACGACGGCACGCAAUGGAUGCAUUGCACUGGCCAAGCCAGGCUCAUCCACGCACGCCCUCACGCACGCCCUCGCCCAGCUGUCGCGAGCGUGGUACACCGGCUUCGAAAGCUUCCGUGAAGAGGCGCUUUGCCGCUGCGGCUUUGCGGGAGCCCAGAAGGGAAAGGCACAGUCCUCAGCCGGCCCCCAACUGCGCGAACCCCCGAAGGCCAGCCGACGGAGCCGAACGAAGAGUAGCGGUGGAUGCCGUCGAGGCGACGGGCUCUCGCUCGGCGGCUUCAGCGGCUUCAGCUCGUCUUGCGGCAUCUGGUCCAUACGAGAUUUUGCCACCGUUGACGACGCUUCGCCCCGUUUUUCUUUCAGCUCCAGCUCUCCAGCCCGCCUAGCUGCGCGUCGUGGUCUUUGGGCCAAUUCCAUCGCCCGAAUGCGACACCGACAAGAAAGGCCAAAGGGCAAAGAUUGGUGCGCCAAUCGUCCAGACCCCCCGCCGGCCGUAUCCGACGCGCUUGGAGUGCACAGCCCCAUCGGCUGCCUCCUCAGCCCUACCACUACCAGAUGGAUCGAGCCUUCCCUGCGCGGCAACGCGUCCCUUGCCCGCCCACUGGAAAAGCCAAGGCAACAGACACCCUCGUCGGCCGACCCAAUUGAGGCUCUUCCUGAUGCAAAUCUGCACUCUCCAGCUUGAAUGCCCUCGCCCUUCUCUUGCCCACCCCACGUGUUGCUCCCGUAUAUGACGGGCCAUCCACUAAUCGCGCGCCUCCUCCCGCUGUCGCCACUCUCCUGGAAACAAAGGACCGGCGCUCCUAGACCAUUGGUUCUGAUGGUCCUGAUCUCGAUGCUUCUUUUGCCCAUCGCACCUCAACCCUUGCCCCUUGCCUUCUGCAACGUAACUCUAGCUGAGUUGGAUGGCGAAACGACAAGACGCCGCUCGCCGACCCUGGCCCGCCUUGCACGCUGCAAUUUCCAAUGCCCGCCCUCGUUGGUCGCCCCUCGAUCCGUUUCGGUCCUUUCGCCGACUUUCCUUCCUCAUCGCCGGUCUCUCUGCUAGCCUCCCUUGCC